GCAGAAGCGCGGUUCUUGGUUCCUGAGAGGCUGAGUAGCGUUGAACCCGUCGUUCCACGGCUCCCACAGCUCUCUCGACCUCGUCUCCUCCACUUCAGCCCAACUCUAAUAAAGUAUCCCGGGCUUGUCGCCCUUCACCCCUUGUCGCUCCGUCAACUUUGUUUCUUUUUUUCCCUACGCCUAUUUGUACUCAUCUUCCACUUACUCGGGACGUACGGGCCUGAGAGUGUGAGUAGUCAUCUACCCGAUCUCAAGGUUCGUCCCACUGCUGGGGGUCCCUGAAUGUCUAUAGCUCUCUGAUCCGUUGCCCUUAUUGCUGAUUCUGCUGAGAAUCGCGCCACUCCUUUUUUCUAUUACUUGAUUGACUUUCCUGCUCACGCCUCUCUUUUUCCCAUCUCUUUUGAUCUUUCACCUUGCUGGUUUAUUGUCCAGGAGGGGAAGUGACCACGUUCAUUACACAAAUCACUCCAUCGAGUUCCGAACUCAUCCACUCAUUGAAAUCCCACCAGCGCAGUCUAUCUCGCUCCCACUUUCACCACACUCAUUCAAAUUCCUCGUAAUCAUAGUAUCUUCACCUUACUCGAAAAGCAAAUCAACAAGCAAUCCGUCGAAAUGCGCGUCACAGCCGCCUUCUGGCUCGCGGCCGCGACCCUCGCCAAAGCGGCCUACUGGAUGGAAGACAUUGCCCACCAGGGCAUCUCUCCCUACCACCCGGACCCGAACUACAAGGUCUUCCGUAACGUAAAGGACUUUGGCGCAAAGGGCGACGGUGUGACGGACGAUACCGCGGCGAUCAACCUGGCCAUCAGCUCUGGUGAGCGGUGCGCGCCGGGCAAGUGCAAGGGCGAGACGACGUCGCCUGCUACCGUCUACUUCCCUCCCGGAACUUAUCUCAUUUCAGGUUCUAUCAUUGACUACUUUUACACGCAAAUCAUUGGUGAUCCGACCGAUCGCCCGGUGAUCAAGGCCGUGGCCGACUUCCCCACCAACACCACCCUCGGCCUCCUCGACGGCAACCCGUAUGGCGCGAAUGGCCUCAGCUGGGGCGCGACCAACGUCUUCUUCAGACAAGUGCGCAACCUCGUCUUCGACACCACAUCCAUUCCUGCCUCUGCUGCUGCUUUUGGAAUCCAUUGGCCUUCUUCGCAGGCUACUGCUAUCACGAACUGCGAGUUCCGCCUUGCUGAGGGCGCGGCGAGCAAGCAUGUCGGCAUCUUCAUCGAGGAGGGUUCCGGCGGCCUUCUCAACGAUCUUGACUUCUACGGAGGUCAAUACGGCGUCAAUUUUGGCAAUCAGCAAUAUACUGCACGCAAUCUUCGCUUCUGGAACGCCCAGGUAGCCAUCAACCAGCUCUGGGACUGGGGCUGGACGUACAAGAACAUCUACGUCGAGAACUGCGGUAUUGGUAUCCGUAUGCAGGACAACAGCACUUCCUCGAUCACUCUUCUGGACUCUGAAUUUGUCAACACCCAGACGGCUAUUCGUACUAGCCGCGAGCCUGGCGUUACUGUUCCGGUGACGGCCGGCACCUUGGUGAUGGAGAACGUUGCCUUCUCCAAGGUCCAGACGAUUCUUCUCGGACCCAAGAACAACACGAUCAUCGCAGGAACCUCGAGCGCCACCGUCUCCCAGGGCUUCGCCAUGGGUCACAUCUACACCCCUUCUGGUCCUACGGACUACACUGGUUCUGACGCCGGCUACUUCCCCGUCUACCCGGCCCUUCUCGGAACUUCCGCCAACGGCACGACGAAGUACUACGAGCGCUCCAAGCCGCACUAUGAAGAUGUCCCCUCAAGCCUCGUUAUCUCGGCCCGUUCAUUCGGCGCUCGCGGUGACGGUGUGACCGACGACACCGUGGCCCUCAACAACCUCUUCAACUACGUCGCCUCGAACCCUGCCGCUGGCCUCCUCGCCUUCGUCGACGCGGGAACUUACUACGUCUCCGACACCGUCUUCAUCCCUCCCGGAGCUCGCAUUGUGGGUGAGGCUCUGGCAUCCAUCAUCAUGGGCGGCGGUGAGAAGUUCCAGGAUAUCGAGAAGCCUCAUCCCGUUGUGAAGGUUGCUAUCCCGGGCCAGUGCGGAACGAUCGAGUGGUCUGACAUGAUUGUGUCCACGCGCGGAUCUGCCCCAGGUGCCAAGGUCAUUGAGUACAACCUCAACACUGUCGGUGAGCCCUCUGGUAUGUGGGAUGUGCAUAUUCGUGUCGGAGGUUUCGCUGGUACGCAGCAACAGCUGAAGGAGUGCCCUACCACUCCUAACGCGACUGUCACCGCGGAUACUAUUGACAAGAACUGCAUUGCGGCAUGGAUGAGUAUGCACAUCACCAAGCCUGCUUCUGGACUUCUCCAGGAGAACUGCUGGAUUUGGACUGCCGAUCACGACCUCGAGGACCCCGACUACAAGCAGGUCACCAUCUACAACGGUCGUGGUCUGCUCAUCGAGUCGACCGCCGGCAAGAUCUGGCUGUCCGCCUCUGGAGUUGAGCACCACACGCUCUACCAGUACAUGCUCUUCAAGACCAGGGACGUCUAUAUGGGCCAGAUUCAGUCCGAGACUCCUUACUACCAACCCAACCCGCCAGCCACGAUCCCCUUCCCCCGUGUCAAGGGUUACCACGACCCAGACUUCGAGACAGAAUGCAAGGACGCCGACCCCAACGGCCCGCCCUGCAAGAUGGCCUGGGGUCUCCGUGUCAUCGGCAGCCAGAACGUCGUCGCGUUCGGAGCUGGACACUACUCCUUCUUCAACAACUACAGCACGGCGUGCUGCCAGAUCGGCGCCGGAGCAAGGUGCCAGCAGCGCAUUGUCGAUGUGCGCGAUGCGCCGGGCAACUGCACCGCGACGGAUAACUUUGACAUCUACAACCUGCAGAUUGUGGGCACGACGGCCAUGGUUACGCGGUAUGGAAAGGAUGUGGCAUUCUACAAGGAUAAUAUUGCCGGGUUCACGGCUGGUAUUGCCUUGUAUCAGCACUGAGAUGUUUACUUCUUGGCUGUAUAAGUAAUGAUAUUCUUAAUUCUUUUUUGUCAUCA